GAAAUCGAAACGAGAUGUGAAAAAUGUUGUGAACAUGUUAUAAAAUAGAAAAUGUUGCAAAACAAAGGCAUUUUCAACGAGUGGCUUUCCCUUCCUGAAGGUCUGUACUACAACAUAACUUUCCAGUUUCUUAUAAACCAUUGCUUACACCAAGAACAAAAUGAUGAUAAUAAUGAUCCGAUGUUAUACAGCAGUGCUGAAGAAGAUGAACCAGUGUUCCAGCCGAGAGAUUCCAUGUGGACCGGACUGUGGAAUGUCCUCCGGGUCAUGUACGGUGUGGAGAAGAUUCAGAACAAACAUGAUGCAGGAUCAGCAGAUUCAGAAACUGUGUUGCUGAAACCAGCUUGUCGUGCUGUGAUAGACUUGUCGGUCCACCAGGACCUUCUUGCUGUAGUCCUUGUCAACUCAUUGGUGCUUGUAUUUCUUUCUCUCAUAUGUGGGUUAAUAGGUAUCUGUGCCUUUCGUUGGAUUUAUAGGAAACUGUCGAAAGGAUAUCAGAGAGUGGAAAACCCCACAUUAAAUAAAAUACAUGAACAGAGAGAUAAUAAUGCUAUCAUAGAAAAUGAACAAGGAACGAUUGAUACUGGGGACGUGAAUGCAUCUUUACCAAAUAAAAAGAGUCCUGUGCAAUUGACAGUUCUUUAUUCAUCAGGAAGGGAAAGUAGCAACAUGGUUUCAAAGAAAACUGACACUGAAUCCUUUCUUCACUGGACAAUAGAUCAGUUUUUGGUAGAACUGGACAAGUCUCUGGGUAUUGGUUCUAACAGUGCUACCAAGUCUCAGACAAGCCCAGUUUUUAAUGAAAGCAAUAGUGCUUCUAGCCUCCAGUCACCACGGUUACAGCGUCGGAGCAGUUGGAGACGGCCAAAACAUCCAUCUCCCUCCUUACCUUUUGGUUCUUUCAACUUCGCUACAGACAGUGCAGCUGCGAACCAGGCCGCACUGGCAUGGCAUGAAAUUGACAUGGCCCAUGCAAGACAUCAGUGGCAGCUGGGAGAUUUGGAAGACAUUGAUCUAACUAGCAUUACUGACAAGAAGCUAAAAGACAUUUUGCUCUUCUAUCAAAGAAAUUGCCCACUGAAUGCUCAACAGUGGUUUGCUGCUAGUCUAAUGGUGAACUAUGUCCUGUUGCUACUAGAGAAGGAAAUCUGUCAGAUACAGACUCAGAGUCCACUUACUGUGGUUCAGCUCAAAGGAAUUGGAAGCAUGUCCAAAGGUCUGAAGAUCGGCAAAGCUGGACAGUUCGACUGCUUGAUGAUUGUAACGGUAAAUGGAUGUCAGGCUCUGAACGUCUUCCAUCAUGCAGUUUCUCCAGAGAUAUCUCCAGGUCGUCUGGUCUUAGGUGUUCAGGAAGGAAGUGUUGAGUACAAAGUCCGUGAAAAGAAUCACUUGCUGAGGAAGGUGUCAUUGGGAGAGGACAGUGUUGUUGCUCUCCUUCCUAAAGAGGUUUUAGCUGCUGCUCACGCAGUUGUGGAAAAGGCUUUGAACAAUCUUGGCACAAAGCACAAGAUAAUCAUGGAUCGCCUUCCUUUCACCAUCCACAAAUCACAGUCUGCGGAACUUGUACUCUCACUUGAUACUCGCAUUCUGCACGGUCUUGGACUUGGGAUGAUGGAGAUCAACAUUAGACUUGUACCAGCAGUUCCUCUUCUCUGCGAGUCAUGGUCUCUGCUGCCAACAGUCUAUGCUGUUCCCCAGUGGAAUAUUCCCAACCCCAAGACAAAAACAUCUACCCGUCAAGCUAGACUCUUCAGAAACUCAACCUGUCACUUGGACUCAGAGUUCUUUUGGCAUUUGUCUUGCAGUGAUCUGGAGACUGCAUAUCUGAGCAUCAUGGAUCAGAGAUUUGAGCUGUCAGGAAUCCACGGCUGUCACAAGAUCUGUCUUCAAGUCCUCAAGGCUCUGUUCUCAAGCAGUUUCAAGACCUCCCUCCUCAGCAGAGGUGAAGUUAAAUCCUUCCAGCUGGAGACGAUUCUCUUCUUCCUGCUGCUGGAGUCUAACCCACAUCACUGGACCCUGGAUGAGUUACCCAAUCGAAUGUCUGACAGCAUCCAUUUUCUUCGGUCAGCUCUACAGAGCACCUGGCUCCCAAACUUCUUCAUUCACAAUCCUCAUCUGGAGAAACAGAUGCCAGCCAUGAAGAUGUUGACUGUCCUGCAUGGUGGUCGACAGGAUAAUCUUCUGACUGACCUUCACACAGAGAUGGUCGACAAAAUCAUUAAUUUUAUUAAAGACCGGCUGCAAGAAACUGGGCUUAGUUCAUGUGUCAAGGAAGAGUUUUCUUCAGAAAUGUGGGAAUAUGAAUUUUUUAUAUUUGGUUAAAAAACAACAACACGUUCGUGAUGUUAGCAUAUUGUGCUGUUCAUAAUUUGGUGCUUAGUUUAUUUGAAACAUUUAAGUUUGUUAUACAUUUUGAAUUUAUUGUUACUAAAACGUUUGUAUUUUAUAGAAUUUAUACAGUUAAUAUAUUUAUAUGCUUAGAUGUGGGCUUUUUAUGUAGCAUCCUAUAGCAAAAUAUUUACAUGUAUAGGUACCAUACAUUUGUAUACUGGUGGCCCUAAUCUAGGUUGUGAAAUGAAAGUUUUUUUGCCAAAAGUCAGCUCAAGUCACCAAGUUAUUAGCAGUAGUGAGAAGUCGAAGUCGCCAUAAUAUUUUGGAUAUCAUCUAAUCUGAUUUCAAAAAUAAAAUCACACAACCGACGUCAAGACACCAACUUGUUUAGUGCAUAGCCCACUGAACACCUUGUCAGCCUAUUGUUUUACUUCAGUGGCACCAGACUAUACAUCAAGGCAUGUCGCGCUAUUUGGAGUGACCUGUCACCAGUCAAGCAUUGUUUAUUUCUUGGCCAGAUUUAUUUCAAUAAUGCCAGAAAAAUACAAAUUAUUUCUUUUAUUUUAACACAACAGCGACACAUUAAUUAUCAUUAAAUUUUUUAUUACCGGAAGUAGUAGUACAUGAAUUUGAUAACAAAAUCUUACAAAUCGAGCUGAGUGUAUAAAAUCUUUUUAGGAAUAUUUCUGAAUGACCGCAGAGUAUGGAGAAAAACUAAGAAAUCUACCGAUGAACAUUAACAUUUCCCCUUUCUCCUGGGAACGGAGAAGUCACUUCUCCUACUUUUUUAAUUCUAGAUUUAGGGCCUGUAUAGACAAGUAUUACAAAUGUCUGUUGUAACAUUCCUUAUUGUGGAGAUGUGCCAUGAUGAAAUGUCUUCUGGCAGGUUUGCUUUUGAAAGACAGAAUUGUGAGUCACAAAAGCUCAGUACCAUGUGCCUUAAGCCUUUCUUAAAAUCUUCAAAGCAUUGACUCAAUGUACAAAACUGUACCAGAAGUUGUGAAUGGGUUAUAAACAUUUAUUACUUAAUAAACUUUCAAUUUGAUUCAGAUCCAAUAAUUUAUAUGUGGGUCACCUGAAAAUUGUUUGGUCUUUCAUUUUUCAUGUUAAAAUGAUCAUGAUUAGUAUAUCUACUAUUGAGUUUUAUUAUUUUAAAGAUGAUUAUAGCAUCUUGGACCUUUUACUUACAGUCAUUAAUGUCAUGUCAAAGAUGCAUAUUAUCGCCAUCACAAUUAAGGACAUUAUUCUUUCAUCUAGUCAUUUCUUUUUCAUUCAAUUCUGUAAUAUGUCAGCUUGUCUGUGUGUUGAGCUGUGAUUAGGUGCCUGUCUACAAGUAGUUUGGCCCAGCUCAUCUACAUUAGUCUACCCUUUGACCAAUCCAGCUUGGGUGACCCCAUUUCUCUGAGACACUGAGACAUGUCAAAGAAUGGACAAUGAGAUAAAUCUGAUUCUAUUCUUUUUUUCUCUCUCUUUUUUUAGUAGGAUUAUUCAUUGGUCUUGUAAUGUUGUAUGGUAUAUCUUUCAAAAACUCAGCCUCUUAUAUUUUUUACUUAUUUUUACCUACAUGUAGUCAUGUUAAAUAUACACAUACGUAGUAAAACUCUUCAAAACAGGGCACUCAUGGGACCAAGUAAAAAGUCUGGUUUUAAGGGGGUAUCCUAUCUUGAGUAUCUGUGUACAUUUAAACAAGCAAAUCAAAUCUGAUGCACAGGAAUUAAUAUUCUAAGCAAAAAACUAUGUUUUAAGCAGAAGUACGAUACAAUGUUUUGACGAGAUUGUACAUGCACGUUUGCGGCAAAUAUGGUUUGGGUUUGUUUAGUGUGGGGUUUUUUUUGGGGGGGGGGGGGGGGGUUGGGGGGGUAUUUUGUUUGGGUUUUUUAAGGGUUUUUUGGUCCAUCCGUCCUAGAAAUUACAUUUGGUCAUUUUUCUUGUAUAUUUGGUCCUAACUACCCCCUUUUAUACAUAUUUUAAACACAAAUAUCACCUGAGUUUAGUUCUAAUUUCACUAAAUUUUGCAUUCUUCAUGUGGUUUAUUGUUAAGAAAGAAACAAAAAUCUUUUGAAAUAUUAUGUAACUACAAUUACUUUUACUAUUCAUAUGUCAUUUUCAGAUUUAUUUAUUAAAAAUAAGUCUCAGUUUAAAACGACAACUAUGGCCAAUAAAUUUUAACUCAUUGAACUUGAAUUUUGCUGCAUUUACUUCACCAAUUCGCCAACUUGUUAAUAAUUCUUGAGGUCCAGUUUAAGUUUUUGAUUUAUACAUUUAAAAAUCUUUGAAUAUGAGUCAUUAACAAUGAUAUUGGUUUUUUGUGGGGUUUUUUAACCAGUAUUCUUAUUAUGUGUUCAUGUAUUUUUUUCAAAUCUUAAAGAUAUAUUUAUUGUUUCCAGCAGGACAAUAUUACCUGUAAAUUAUUAUAAUUGUUUGGUUUGUACAUGACAAUGUAUAUAGAGAAUAAUAAAUUAGGUCAAAGACAUCAAAUUAAUGUCCUAAGUGAAAUGAGGGAUAUAUCAAGACAAUUCUUGAAAAACCCAAACUUAUGUAUUCAUUUAUCAAAACAAAUGAAAGGAAUUGUUUAUUACAUAGAAAAAAAAACCCAAAACAAAGUAAUCAAAAUGUAAAUACGAACUGUUGGAAGUUUGCCAAAUGUUGAUAUCAGUGGUGAGUAAGCACUCCAUUGGUGGAUGGAUGAUUAUUGACACCCCAGUACUAAAAAUAAAUUGGCUAAUAAAGGUAGUAAGCACUCAA